AUGGCUGCAGGUUUGCUUCUUUUAGUUGCUUUCACUGUGGCGGCUGCGGCUGCUGAUGGUGGUGAUGGAGGUGGCACUUUGGGAGCUUCUUAUAUCUUUGGUGAUUCUUUGGUGGAUGCUGGAAAUAAUAACUUUUUGCCCACAUUAUCUAAAGCUAACAUCAAACCUAACGGGAUUGAUUUUAAACCGUCUGGAGGAAAUCCUACCGGACGGUAUACCAAUGGUAGAACCAUCGGUGACAUCAUCGGGGAGGAACUAGGGCAACGACACUAUGCCGUACCGUUUCUGGAUCCAAAUUCCACCGGAGAAGUUAUAUUACAUGGUGUGAAUUAUGCCUCCGGUGGUGGAGGGAUUAUGAACGCCACCGGGAGAAUUUUCGUGAACAGGCUAUCAAUGGACAUCCAAGUAGAUUACUUCACCAUCACAAGAAAACAGAUCGAUAAACUCCUCGGCGCAUCAAAAGCAAGAGAACACGUCAUGAAGAAAUCCAUCUUCUCAAUCAGCAUUGGUUCUAACGACUUCCUCAACAAUUACUUGCUUCCUGUUCUCUCGAUCGGAGCUAGGGUUUCACAAACCCCCGAUGGGUUUGUUGAUGAUCUCAUUAGUCACCUCCGGUCGCAACUAACUAGACUUUAUAAAUUGGAUGCACGGAAAUUCAUCUUAGGAAACGUUGGGCCAAUCGGAUGCAUUCCAUAUCAAAGGACGAUCAAUCAGUUGAGUGAGAACGAGUGUGUUGCAUUGCCUAAUGAACUCGCGCUUCGUUACAAUGCUAAACUGAAGGAUUUGGUUGCGCAGCUGAAUGAUAACCUACCCGGAGCUACAUUUGUUCAUGCCAAUGUCUACGAUUUAGUCCUGGAGCUCAUCGUUAACUAUGAUAAAUACGGAUUUAAAACCGCAAGCAAAGCUUGCUGCGGGAAUGGAGGUCAAUACGCAGGGAUCAUUCCGUGUGGUCCAACAUCGACUUUGUGUGAGGACCGUGAUAAACAUGUGUUCUGGGACCCUUACCACCCUAGCGAAGCUGCAAAUGUGCUCAUCGCCAAGCAAUUGCUCCAAGGUGACCCAAAAUAUGUCUCUCCGAUGAAUCUCAAGCAACUUCGUGACCUGAAUCUUUAGCAUUGAUCGACUCAUGUUGCCUUUGUGGAUCUCAGUUAAUGUUUCAAUCUUUGGGGUUAUUGUAUCAUCUAUUAGUUGAUUUUAUACAUGUAUGUGAACUGUAGCAUGUGUUUCCAUGGAAUAAUCGAAAGAUUGAAGUUUUGUCGCAUGUGGGAUUAAACUGGAUACGUUUUGUUUA